GGAAUAGAAGUGUAGGAUUACCAAGCAUGUUAUGAAGAAUUUUGCUCUACCGACUUGUCACACUUUUGGAGCUGAGAGUGCUGUCGCGGUUUUGUGUACUUAAAUGCAUUCGUAUCUCUCAAAGGAACAAAGGGAAAGUUAUCUGAGAGAGCUCUUCUACUCGUCUUUUAGCGACAGGAGAGCGAGUGUAGCUACAAGAAAUGAAGAAAUUCAGAGCCUUGGUAAACAUUUGAGGAAGCUUUACAAUCUUGUGGAGAAUGGUAAAGGACUUUCUUCAGAGGCAGAAAGCACUCUUAAGGAAGUCGUCAAGCUUCGUACGAAGGGCAGACCUGGUUUCUACGAAACAAAAAUGAUGACAGACUACAAGAGGCUUUUGCUCAUUCGCGGACAGCGAGAGGACAUGGAGAAUAAUAUUCAAGAACAGCAGUGUUUCCAGUGCAUUCACAACAACAAGAAGCCCUUAGCUGUUUUACGCGAUGACGAUUGGUACUGGGGAACCAAACAGCAAUUGAGAUGUGGAGAGAUCAUUGCAGACACGCUCGGUGGCCUUGACCCAGUGUUCGGUGUUCUUUUGCAUCCUGCAGGUUCGUGUGAAACUAUUUUGCUUCAUGCUCUAUCCGGACACGCCCCCCUCUAUUUGCAAUUUCUUUCGAGGCCCUACUGAGACCGUGGCUCAUAAUUGAUGUUUUCUUGUUUAACCUGGAAUUUUUUUUUCACGGUUUUUUUUUCUUAAACCAAAUCAAUAAAAUUGUAUCCAUGGAGAACCUUUUACAGCCAAUUAAUAAAUAAAAAAUAGCCUUCAUGGUCGCAUAUUUAUCCGCGAACAUUGUCUGUUCAGAGAAGCGUACAAAAGCGAAACUGUAAGCUUCGAGGACAAAUAUAUGAGAAUGUUUUCGUGCCAAAUGGAGGCUUCUAUGUUUAGCAUCCCUCAAAUAUAUUUUUUGCAGUGUGCGGGCUUACUGUUUUCUGCGUUCAUUAGCAAUAUUUUCAAAAAUGAAAUUUCUUGUAGCGAAGAUUUUUUUUGAAGUGUACAAUGAAGAAGCACAAUUCUUUUCACCGCCGAAAUAACAACGGAAUUGCUUAGGGUUAGGGUUAGGUUAGGUUAGGGUAAGGUUGAAAGUAAAUCUGGCCGAAAGUAAAGUUGAAAAAAGUGACCCCUCUUACGAACCUCAGAUGGUUUUGAUUCCCACAAAAUUAAAGCAAUUUCCCUCUUCCCUGAUUUACCCCAUGUAAAUCAUGCGAAUGUUAAAUUUUUUCUUGUGCCUUUCAGGAGGUAGGACAGAACUCGCAAACCCAAACAACAAACAUUAUCGAAUCACGGGGAAAGAGAAAGAAGAAAUAGAUGCUAUUCUGUAUCACACUGCAACUCAUGACGCCUGUGGCUACCUGAGCGAGUAUCAUUAUGUGGGACCUGGAUAUAACUACCUCGGUACCAUGCUAACCGUCUUUCCGACAUGCAUUCCGCAGAGCGGAAGACUGGCUUCGCUUAUGUUCUGGAAGAAGUUGAUAAAUGAACCGGACACCCCGUUUGAGUAUUGAAAAGAGUCAAUCCAUUUUGCAUGUUUAUUGAACGUACAUUUCAGAUUACUCUCCUUCACAGCUGUUGUUUGGGAUGUCACGCAGCGUCCACCCCUGGAAAUGGACGAAUUUUGCACGAGGUGUCCUCUAUGACUGGCCUACAUGGGGCAUGGAAUGGAGAAGCCACUUCUUGAUUGGGAAGCGUUAGGGGAUAUCCUAAACAACGGCUCAAGAGGAGGCUAGUUCUAGUGAGAACAUGAUUCAUUGUAACGAUGCUAUGGAGCAAAUUUUUGAUUGAAUGUCAAAAGUUGUGGGGGAUGUUUUGCUCCGUUACCUUCAUUCUGCCAUCAGUCAGAAGACUCACGCCAGUCGCUCAACGAAUCAGAAUCAGUCAUGACCAGGCCAUGAUCACUCGUGUUUUCCUUAGUGUGAAGUUAUUAACAUGUGUUUAUUCUGAGUUUUCAAUGACUUUUUGAGGUAAUUUCUUUUACCCUAAUUGAUCGAUUGAAUACCCUUGUUUUUGAGCGCUUGAGAGUGCUUAUGAAAUAGCAGGUGUCAUAUUCCUUUUCUCUUGCGUUUUGCAGGCGAGCCGAGGAAGCGUGACGUGAGCGCGAAGGAGCGCAAGAACGCAAGAAAUGGCACCCGUUUACACAUCAUUUUUCACUCCGUUGAGUUGUUUUCUGCGCUCCCUCGCUUGACCUACCCUAAUGAGCUUUCCUCGUUUUUGUGUCCGCUCCACUAAUACAAUAUAAAA